GAUGAUGACAAGAUUGUAGGAGGCUACACUUGCCCAGCCAACUCCGUCCCCUACCAGGUGUCCUUGAACUCUGGCUACCACUUCUGUGGAGGGUCCCUCAUCAAUGACAAGUGGGUGGUCUCUGCUGCUCUCUGCUAUUAUAGACGUAUUGAGGUCAGGCUUGGCGAACAUGACAUUGAGGUCUUGGAAGGGACAGAACAGUUCAUCUCCUCUGCUAAGAUCAUUCGCCAUCCUAAAUACAACUCCUACCUUCUGGACAAUGACAUCAUGCUUAUUAAACUGUCCCAGCCUGCAGUGAUAAGCUCCAGGAUCCAGGCCAUCCGUCUGCCCAGCGAGUGUGAUUUGGCCGGGACUCAUUGUUUGAUCUCUGGUUGGGGCAACACUUUGAGCAGUGGAGCUAACUACCCAGACCUCCUGCAGUGUCUUGAAGCCCCCAUCCUGUCUGAUGAGAACUGCCAAAACUCCUAUCCUGGUCAAAUCACUGGAAACAUGAUCUGUGUUGGGUACCUUGAAGGUGGUAAAGACUCUUGCCAGGGUGACUCUGGUGGUCCUGUGGUGUGCAAUGGCGUGCUGCAGGGGGUGGUCUCCUGGGGUAUUGGCUGCGCUCUUCCUGGCUACCCUGGCGUUUACACCAAGGUGUGUAACUACGUGUCCUGGAUUGGAGACACCAUUUCCCAGAACUAA